AAUUUUUACUUCGACAUAAAAAAUACUUGUCAAUAAAUUCUUGUAUUUAUAAUAAAAAACAAAAUGGCCUUGUCGCGCAAUUUAUAAUUAAAAACUUAAAAUAUCAAAUAUGAUGAUAAGAGAACUUACUCUACAAAUAGCAGUAUUUUGUAUAAGGAUCAAUAUUGUGCUAUCUUCUCCCCCUUUAAUCAACACUAAAAUUGGAGAUGUACUUAUUAGUUUUUGUCAAAUCGGAGAAAUUCAGUUAUACCUGGAUCAGUAUUCUGAUGGAAUCACUACUAAUGGCAGAGACUACACCCUAACCUUGCUUGAUAGUCAAUAUCUUCCUGUCAAACCAAACUCAAAGUAUGUUCAGUACAAUUCUUCAUUGCGAAAACUAUUUUUUGUUCCUCAAUCUUUUUUACCAAACAGUACAAAACAAGAUGUGUUCUAUACAAUGCGAAUUAAGAAUUCAAAUGGAGAUAUUAAUAAUGACUCUUUUAAAGUGUCUAUGUCAGGAGUUGUUCCUGAACAAAGAUAUAUUGUUACAGCUAAAGUUAGAAUUUCUAACCCAGAUUUAUAUACAACAGAUGUAGAAAAACUUUACAGGGUAUUGACAAAGAUACAUAGUUAUUUUGCAAACCAGUUUUAUGUUAGCAAAUCUUUAUAUUUAGUAGAUUAUUCUAUUGUUGGGGAUGUUAUGAUAAUAAGUUUGCAAGAUUGUUCAUUUAAUCAAGGGCAGCAGAAUUGUAAUAGAAAAAAUAAGUAUGAUCUUAAAUCGCAACUUUGCGUGCGUGGAUAUAAAAUAAACGAUAUUUGUGUUCCGCGACAAAUGUUGUAUCAGCAGUUAAGUCCAGAAUUUCAACUAUUAGAUGUUACUCUUUCUUCUUACAAUAAAAAAGGAACUUGUAAUCGCAGUACACAGCCUAAAACUAUAGCAAAAUUAGGUGGAAUGUUGGUUGAUUAUCCAUUUUUUGGUAUUCCAGGAUUGUUUAAUUAUACUUUUCCAAUUCCAUUUUAUGAAAAAAGUGAAACCCUAAGUCCAGAUGAUGUUUUCGAUCUUUUUGUAUUAAGCAAAAAUGAAUCAACUGAACUUUUUGAAUUUGUUCCUUUAACACAUUGGGCUUAUGUUUAUAAUCAAAAAGAUGAUCAUCAACUUUUUAUUACCUUGACAGAUGAAGCAUGGAGUUUUAAGUAUGUGACAAUCUUUGUUUUUGAUUAUGAACUUUUAAGUGAAGAGGUUUAUUCAGUAGAUAUACCUGCUAUACCCAGACCUCUUCACUAUUACUAUGUCGAAUUUUCAUUUUCAUCAUUUAACACCCGGAAUUUAAAUAUUUGGUCGUAUCACAUGCAAUAUUUUCUUAAAAGUUUAAUUGAUGUAUUAGGCAGAAAUACUUACGGUUCAAAGAUUUAUUUAAGAUGGUUUUACCUGAAUGGUGGGGAGUUUGCAACUCAGAAGAAAGAUACUUCUGGUUAUCUGGCUUGGGGAAUUGAUUUUAGAGAACAAUGUGACUUUGCUCUAAUUCGAGCAACUCAGAAAACAAUGUUUUUAAAUUCAAGCUUAUUAAUUAUUAAUCCAAAAUUUUUACAAAGUAUGAGUAAUGUACUAACGUUGACCAGUAUAAAAGAAACAUAUAAUGGGAUAUGCAAAUUUAAUGCACCUAUUUUAAAAAAUGUUAUUCCCACAAUAAAAUUUUUGUAUUGUGGAAUUAAUACAUUUCAAAUCCCACAAAAUGCUUUUAUCGAUGUAGAAGAUGGUGAUACAAGAAAUUUAAAAUUGACUUUGUUGGAUGAAAAUAAUAAACAGUUAAAUAGUGAUUCAUGGAUUCAGUUUAACAUUAGUACCCAAACAGUUAUUGGUUUAGCCAGCAAAAGUAUUGUUAGCAAAAGUUAUAAGUUUAUAUUGGUGGUUACAGAUAGUUCUGAAUUAUCAAUUAAUUCUUAUAUUGAUAUUUUUCUUAAUGAAAGCGUGGCAGAGGAAACAUUUUUUAUCACAAUUAAAGGUUUUUUUAUUCCUUUAAAUUUAACUGUUGCAUAUACUGCCUGGAGCUACAUAAAUACAUGGCUUUAUAAUCAUGGUUAUUUUUUCAAUGACUUUCGUUUGCUUCAAAAUACAUUAACUUCACUUAAUGAAAAUUUUUUUUCAUUUACUAGUUGCUCAUUUCGAAACCAGCCUUGCGAUGCUAUAAAAAUUAAAAAAUAUAGAGAUUUUUUUUUUGAAAGCGAUACAUCUGUAAAACAAGAAUUUUUAGCAUAUAUGUCUCCUAUAUUUUCAAAUUUAAAAGUAAGUUUAGAUACAGCAGGAGCUUGUAAAACAAACAAUCCACCUGUACUUAAUAAACCUUGGGGUCCUUUGUAUGUAUCAACAUGUGAAACAUUUUUAAUGGUUGUUCCAACUGAAACUUUUAGUGAUGUUGAACAAGGCAAUACACGCUUCUUAUAUCUUACUUUAACUACUCUCAAUCAAAACAUUGUUCCUGAAUGGAUUCAGUUUUCUAGUGAGAACCAGACUCUCACAAUUGUACCCUAUCAGCUUUUGAAGAAUACAUAUUUCAGUUAUCAAUUAAAAGCAACAGACCUUGGUGGACUAAGCGUUGUUCAAAAUUUGAAUAUUAUUGUUAAUAUGUCAUUGAAAGAGCCAUCCCUAUUGGUAAACAUGAAUUUCUCUGUAAGGUUCCAAGUCAGCGACUUUGUAACAAUUUACAAGACUAUAAGAAAUCUAGUAGUAUUAUAUUUUGGAGAUACAAAGUCAUCAGUGGAAUAUAUUAUUUUGAGCUCAUAUCCUAACUCUGUUUACAAUAUUCAAUGGACAAAUUGUACUCUUUCUCGCAAUAUUUGUGAAAUGGAUAAAUACAGGUAUGUUGAAGAACGCAUUAAGUCAUCUGGUUUUCUUUCAUAUUUAAAUUUAAAUUUUGUUAUUUUAAACAUUUCAAUUGCAAUGAAUGGAAUUUGUUUUUAUACAAACACGCCACCAAAAGUUAUGUUUCCAAUACCAUCUCAAUCUCUAAAAUAUUGUUGGUAUUUAAAGUAUUUAAUUCCAGAAAAUACAUUUAGCGAUUUUAUUGAUGGUGGCACACGAAAUCUAACUUUAUCAAUGACACAGUCAGAUGGAUCUCUUCUUAGUAGUAAUAGCAUUGCAUCGUUUAAUUCUGAAACUCAGGAGGUAGCGAUCCUUGUUACUUCAUUUCCUACCAAAAAUCAGAGCAAUAUCUUUAGCAUUAUUGCUAAAACUAAACGGGGUUUAAGUGUGACCACACCCUUUAUAGUUUCAGUUAUUGGUCAACCUGUUGAGCUAAAAUCUUUUGUUCAAUUUAUUGUAGUUUCAAAUCUUUUUAAACAACUAGAACCAAAUACUUACGCCUAUAUUAUGUUUAUGAACUUGUUUAACACCAUUUAUCAGUUUAAUCCAGAAAGUGCACAUGCCUACGAAAUUAUUAAUGGCAAUAGUUUUGUGUCUAUUAAAAUGGUGCCUUGUGGUUUACAGUCAUGCACUCGUGCUAUAGAUCAACAACGUUCAAGUCAACAGAGUUAUAAUUUAACUGCAUUUAAACCUUAUUUUACUAUUGAGCAGAUAGAGUAUAAACGUGAUAGCAGUUGCAAAGGUCAACCUCCUGUAGUGGUGCAAUCCCUCAAGCAGUUUGUAGUCAAAACAUGUGCAACAUUUAGCUACAAUAUAAGUAAGCAAGCAUUUCAGGAUUCUGAUGGAUCUGAAAAUUUGAUCUACAUCAUUACACAAAUAAAUGGAGAAUAUAUUGUUCCAAGUAGGGCUUGGGCUACUAUUGAAGGAAUGACUAUUUCAGGUAUAAUCCCAUAUAAUAUACUUAUAAAUCAACCAAAUGGUUUAUUUAAUCUAACCAUUCGUGCUGUUAAUAGUUACCAGCUCUUUGUUGAAACAAGCGUGCUAAUGAUUGUUGAUGGGCCCCUUCCUCAGAUAUUUUAUAAGUAUGCCAUGACUGCAAACAUCAUUGGAUCUUUAGUACAAUCUAAUUUACAAAAUCAAAUUCUUGUCACCAACACCAUUAACAAGUUUUUUAAUAAUAGAACAGUAAAUAUCCUUUCAUAUAGCAAUUUAGUUAGUGGAGGUUUUAAAUUAGAAUGGAGCGUGUGUUUGCUACCUAAUUUCUGCACACAGUCAGGUUUAAAAGAAUAUUCAGCUAAAAUUUACAAUCUUGGACAAGCAUCUUCAGGAGUUAGCAGUUUAUUAUUAAAUUUAUUUUCAAGUGUCAAUCUAAAAUUGUUAUCUAUUGAUGAAGUUGUGCUAAAGCAAUACAUGCCACCAUUUAAUUACCCAACUUCUCAAGUCAGUAUCUACAAUAUAACAGUGGAUUAUUGUGGUGGUUUUAAACAUUUGAUUGAUGAAAAUCUUUUUUUGGAUGUUGAAGAUGGGAAUACACGCAAAUUAAAACUUCGUCUUAUGGCAUCAGAAAAAGAAUAUGCCAGUACUCAGUUUUCUUGGAUAAUUUUAAACCAAAAUCAAGAAAUACAAGGUAUGCCAACUUAUACUGAAGCAAAAUCCAAGUAUGUUUUGCUCCUCUAUGCUCAAGAUUCAUGUGGUCUAGAAACAUCUCUUAGUAUUGUACUUCAAUUUAAGCAACCAAUCAGUUUUCAACAACCAACUUACUUUUAUCGUUUUAUAUUUUCAUCUGUUAUUAAUCCUGAUGUAACAAGCAGAUUUUUAUUUAUGGACACACUUGCUAAUUUUUUGGGUGAUUCUAAUCGUAGCAACAUUGGUUUUUCGCAGUUCAACCAAAAUAUGAUAUUUUUUUUUAAUUGUUCUAUUUCUUAUUCACCAUGUGAUAUAUACAAACUCGAUGCUAUAUAUAAUAAAUUAGCAACACCUGAUUCUUUACCCAGAUCAUCUUUAAUUAAUGCUUUUACUCCAAACUUUCUCCUUACUCUUGUUGUAAAGCAAUUAGAUAAAUGCUAUGGUCCAUUCACACCCAUUGUUGUAGAUCCUCCACCCAAAAUAUUUGUCUGGCUGUGUGGAGUCUUUAUGUAUUACAUUCCUGAAAAAACAUUUUAUGAUUAUGAGCAGGGUUAUACAAAAAAUUUAAAUCUGAGUUUACAAAGUAGUUCUUAUGCUUCUAGUUUAGUUCAGUUCUCUUCAUCAUCUCAAUCUAUUUCUAUUUUACCAAUAGCAUCAUUUAUGGCAUUAUCUACAAGCUACUAUUUUAAUAUUGUAGCUACUAACAGGGCUCAACUAAGCAGCUUAGUAUCAUUGGUUAUACAAUUGCAAGGGCCAUAUAGUCUGUUUCGGGAAUGCCAAAUUAAAUUGUUAUUAGUUAAAGGUAUGUCUCGGCAUAGUUCAACAUACGAAGCUGCAAUAUUUAUUAUAGGAAAACUAGCAGUAUAUUUUUCUAUCAGAAUAGAUGAGAUUGUUGUUGUAGAUAUGCAAGAUUCUACAGACUCAAUUACAUUUAGCUGGAGCUUUUGUUCAAAAAAUUAUCAGUCAUAUGUCAAUGAUUCUGCAAACCAAAGUGUUGACUAUAUUGCAUUUCAACGAAAAAUUUUGAUGAGAUUGUUUAAUGAGGAUCGUGUAACAUUUAAUGUUGAAUUUAAAAAUGUGUUUGGAAGUUAUUUCACUGUAAGUACUGUAACAACGGAUUUCACUAAGCGGUGUGCUAGCUUUCCUCCAAUAUCACUAAAAGAUGAGAUUACAAUUAUAAUCAGCUAUGGUGGUUACUAUUUUCACACUUACCAAAAUAAUUAUUUUUAUGAUUUUAAAGAUGGUGGAGCGUUCAAUCUAAAAAUUAGUUUGUCAACACUUAAAGGUUCUCCAGUGCAACUAGACAGCUGGGUUAAUGUUGAUAUUGUCACACGGCGCAUUAUUGCUGUGGUUUAUGAUAGCAUCCGUAGAGAUGCUUUGCAGAAAUAUCAGUUUUAUUUAACUGCUAUUAAUUCUCUAGGGUUAACUUCUCAAAUAUCUGUUGUUAUCUUGAAAGAUAGUAUGAUAUAUAAUCAAUUAGGACCUUUUUAUAUAAGAUAUUACUUUAGUUAUGCUGGUUCAAGUGACUCAGUAUAUGUAAAUCAGAGUGCUUACAUGGUUGAUAGCAUAUUGAGGUACUUUACUUCUAUUACAUCAAAAUCAAUGAUAUUAGUAAAUUAUUUUUUGAAAGCAUAUGGAUAUUUGGAGUAUAGAGUCAUGGAGUGGACUGUUGCGUUUCAUACAUGUGAUUCAAUUGUGUUAAAAACAAUUAAAGAUAUGUAUAUGAAUCAAGGUGCAUUGAACAAUUUAUUUGUUAGUUCUACAAAUGGGAACUCAUAUUACAAAUUUGCUCAGAUUAACUUUGCUUCAACUUGUUUUUCACCGCCACCGCCACCCCGUCCUUUUAAUCCGAUAUCUCCACCAGGUGUUAACUUUUGCAGUGUUUAUGUUUUUCGAUUACCAGCUGAUUUGUUUAUUGAUAGUGAAGGCUCACAGCACUUGGCAUUUACAUUGCUGGAUAAUAAUUAUAAAAAAGUAUCAACAUCAUCUUGGGUCCAGAUCAACUCUGCCACUCAAGAACUAUUUGCUAUUAGCAUACUAUCGUUAUUUAAAAUUCAGUCCUCUUAUCGAUAUUUUAUUCAGGCUACUAACAGUGCAAACUUAACAGCUUUGUCAGGUUUUAACUUUACAAUGAACAAUUACCCUUUUACAACUGACUGCAAAAUAAGUGUUACCUUUAACUACAAGUUUGUAGUUGAAGAAUUGGCCGAGUUAGAUGUGCUUCGACUUUUUAUUGAAAAAACAAGCUCCUAUUAUGGUGAUUCUAAGGUAAAUAACAUUAAAAUCAUACAGUUUCAAAAAGUUAACAGUUCAUAUCAAGUUGUAUGGAGUAACUGCUCAUUUUCAUUUUCCUCACAACUUGAAGCAACUCGUGGACUCACUGAAGCAUAUCGCAGCCAAAUUAGUUUUAUUUUUUCUAAAGUGGUUUUAGUAACUGGUAAAAUAAAUCCCGACUACUUCAGUUUUAUGUCUGAAUAUUUUGAAAUAUUGGAAGUGUCAGGAAAUUAUGAUUGCAUUGAAGAACCACCCAUACCUAAUAAAAACUAUAUUGAACAUGCUGAUUUUUGCAGCUUGUUUUACAAAAGAAUUGACAGUAUGACAUUUUACGAUAAGCGCGAUGGAAAUACUAGAUUUUUACAGCUUAGUCUUACGUUUCAAAAUGGAAAUAAAGUCUCUCCUGAUCAUUGGAUACAAAUGAAUGAUGAUCAGUAUGUAUAUGGAGUGUUGACACCACAAGUAAUUCAAAGAGCCACAGAAUAUCAAUAUUUAAUUGUAGCAACUGAUUCUUCAGGUAGAACUGCAAAUGUGUCAUAUAAGAUACUUACCAGUACAAAAGAUAUAUCCUUUGAUCCAUUUUUUCGAACCGGGUUUGAUGUUUUGAAAACUGACAUGAGUACUGCAUUUCUUUUAUUUACAUUUGUCAGGAACUUAUCAGUGUAUCUGAAUUCAAGCGAUAAGCUUGGACAAAUCUACAUAAAAUCUUAUGACUAUCCAUCAACAAUUGUUUGGACACACUGUUCUUUAAUUAUAUGCACUCAACAAAAUUUGGAUAAUAUUAUAAUGAAGUUGACCACUAUACAGAAUAAGCCUGUCUCUCAGUUCAUCACUGCCAUGCAACCUUAUAUUAUUCCAUACUCUACUCAGUUUUGCCUUGGAAGUUGUGGUCAAAAUGGGGGAAGUGAUACAGUUGUUAUUGCUCCACCUCCAAUUCCUGUUAAUGAAUGUGGAUUUUGGAAGUUUUAUGUUCCAUCAAAUGCUUUUCAAGAUAUCUUAGGUUAUCUUGAUUCAAAAUCGUUUUGUUUGAAUUUGCUUUAUACAAAUGGUAGUUCUGUUCAAAGAUCAUCUUGGUUGCAGUUUAAUGGCCCACAACAAAUGUUUUAUGGUGUAGCAACAAUCACUCAAAUGAGUCCAAGCCAAAAUUAUUUACUUACAUCUGUAAAUCAAAUAACAAGUUCUUUUAAAUCUAGUCAAUGGAGUUUUGGUUACACCAAGUUUGAAAGCUUGCAAAAAUAUGGAACAGAACUCUGCUUUUUUGAGUUCCUUUUAAGUUCAGAAUAUAAUUCAGACUACAAUGAUGUCAACAUUGUAUUUUUAUUUAUGACAACUCUAUCAGCAUAUUUAAAAUCUGAUAGCAACACAAUUCAAAUAUAUAGCUUUCAAAGGUACACUGGGUAUCCAUAUAACUUUCGAAUAAUAUGGACAAAUUGUUCAUACACUUCUUCAUUUAUUAAUUCUCCUUUUUCAAACUUUUACUAUACAAGCAUUUCAAGCCUUUUAACUCAAAUUACAACUUUUAAAGAUAAUUCCUACAACGUUAAUGAAAUGAUUUACAAAUAUUUUAAAGAAAACUCCAAGUUUACAAUUUUGUCUGUAUCAAUAAAUAAAAAGUGUUUCAAACCUCCUAAUACCCCUCCAAAAUCAAAUGGAGAUUUAAGUUUGUAUCCAAAGUGUGGAUUAUUUCGAUAUCUUAUUCCUGGUGAUGCUUUUUAUGAUGAACAAGAUGGUAAUACACGAAAUUUAACUUUAUAUCUAAAAAAAGCAAAUGGAUUAAUGUUAGAUGCUUCAGAUUGGCUAUUUAUUAACAACAGUCAAUACAUAAAUGGUUUACUGUUUAAUGAAACAAUUUUGUCACAAACCAAAUAUGAGUUUUUAUUGGAAGCAGUUGAUUCUCAAGGGCUUAAAGCAAGCUUGAAGUUAUUAGUUUUUAUGCCAAAAGAUCCACUUCCGUUUCCUGCAUUCGCUGCAAGUUUGAGGUACACAAUAAUUAUUUCUGCCAAUAUUUUAGUAUAUUUUCAAAUUCUUGAAAAACUAGAGUACUGGGCUGCUAAAUCACAUAACAUUGCAAAGCCUCAACUUUUUUUAUAUGGUUUGGAGCCAAAUGUUGUAAGGUUUUCACACUGUGAUGUAUGUGCAAAUCAAGACUUAAAUAGACUAUUGCAAAACUUUGUUGAUAGUGAACAAGACUUUGGGCGUGGUGAUGAGAUCAUUAUAGAAGAACUUAAUGGUGUUUUUGAUCCUUUGUUAGAAUUAGAAAGUAUAACUUCAGAAGUAAUUUAUGACUAUUGUUCCAAAGUUGCUCCUUUCUCUAUGUUUUUAAUCCCUUUAAAAAUGUGUUACCUUUGGUCAUUUGAUCUUGUAUUAAAUGAAACAACUACAAUUUACAAUUACAAUGUUAUUUUGACCGGUCCCAAUCGAGUGCCUUUACCUUCAACUGAAUUUAUGUGGCUAAAUAAAUAUGUUUUAGAAGCAUAUCCUAAAGAAAGCUUCUGGAAAAGUGUAAAGAAUUACACUUAUCAAUAUAUACUUUUGGAUAAAAAAUCUGGUAAUACAAUGAGUUAUGACAGGCCACUAACAUUUAAAAGCGUUGUUGGAAGUCUCGAUUCAAAUUAUCUUCAGUAUAUUGCAACUGUUCAAACGCCAACUGUAAUGGACCAAGUAGACAAUUUUUAUAUAAGUUUAGUUCUAACUUCAGUUCGUAAUCAAGUUGGUCCUAAAAAUGGAUCUAAUAUCCAUUUUUUACGAUAUGAGAAACUAGCAUUUAAUCGUUAUAAAGUUUAUUGGAUUAACUGUUCAAUGACAAACGAUUGUACAUCUUCUGAUUAUUUUAAAGUUCAUAAACUUAUUUCUUCUUUGACUCUACCACCUGGUUAUGUUAUUAAUGUUCUUAUGAAUAAUUGUAUAAACAAACCUAUCAUUGGUUCUGCUAUAAAUUUGUAUAUACCAGUUUGUGGUCUUUUUAAAUAUAAACUCAAUUCAAAUUUCACCAAACCUGGUACUAUCAUCAAACUAACUCAAGUAGAUGGCAGCGACCUUCCACUUGAUUCUUGGAUACGUCUAAAUGCUACAUCGGGUGAGAUUUAUGCAUUACCAACAGAGUACAUUGUUCAGUUGAAGCAAGAGAAGAACUAUUUACUGCAAUUUUUUACUGAUUUUGUAACUUUAAUCAAUGUUACAGUAGAAGUUAAAAAUGACAGAGACAGCUACUAUUCUGUUACUGCUGCUUUUCAGAGUUUUAUGUCUCCUCUGACUCCACUGUUAGAUAUUGAGAUUAAAUUUCUUGAAUUGAUAGUAAGUUAUUCUAAAAGAAACAUGUUUGAUUUUCGAGUUAUAUCAAUAAAUUCUGACAGUUACUUGUAUUAUUUAAAAUAUGCAGACUGUACAGUACCAAAGAGACUUUGUGAAAAAGAUCAAAAAAUAAUAUUGCAGAAUGAAGCCAAAAUCAUGACAGUUGACAGGGAACCCAAUAAAAACUUUAGUGCGUAUAUAGCUAAUUACUUUUCUAUAAACAAAAUUAAUUAUGACUUCUCUUUAUUAAUGAUAGAAGUACCCCCAGUUUUAAAAAAAAUAAUUCCAACAGUUAUUUUAUAUGCAUGUCAGCCCCAGUGUAUAGAUCUUAGUACUUUGUUUUUUGAGGCAUGCAAUCAAGAGUUUUUAUUGUAUACUUUUUAUUUUGGCAAUGACACUAUUGUACCUAGUUCUUAUUGGGCACAGUUAGCAAAUCAAUAUAUUUGCUUUUAUCCAACCCCGAUAGUAGCUCCAGGGAUAUACAGAUUUAAAUUGAAAGUUUAUAACAAUUGUAAUAGUUCAGCGCAAGUAGAUGUUACUGCUAAUAUUAUCAGUAUCUACCAGCAAAACUUCGGUUAUGAAUGGUCAAUGGAUGUAAACAUUUUGCAGUCAUUGGAUACUUCACAUAAUGUUUCUAUGUUAUAUGAUACUGAUGUUAGUUUAAUUAAGUUGGUAUAUGAACCAUUUGUUCAGUAUCUUUCCAACUCAACCGGUGCUCUUCAGCAAAUCCAACUUUUAUACUAUAAAAUUGAUGCAAAUAUACUAACGCUCAAAUUUGCUGAUUGCAAAAUGUGCACUGAACAAAGUGUCACUAGUUUGAAAAAAUUUUUGGAACCAAGAGUUUUGAGUGAAAAUUUAAAGAAAGUUAUUAAAGUCAUAAAUCUAAGCUCUAACACCUGUAAUCUGAAAUCACCAAAAUGUAACACUACCAUGAUUAAUAUUCAGGCUCCAAUUUGUCAGUUGUUUAAAUUUAAAUUUGAAAAUAGUUUAUGUUUUGAUAAUAAUAAAAAUGGGCUGCAAAGUUUGUUUACCACCUUUUAUAGUGCAAACUUAGAAACAGAACAACUGCCUGUUACAUCAUGGAUACAAUAUGACAACCAGUCAAAAGUAAUAUAUGGUUAUCCUAAAUACAUUGGUUAUACAUAUACUGAUAGAUACUUUUUGAAAGUUGUAGAUAUUGAUGACAAUCAAGCAAUUAUAGAAAUUGAUAUUACCAUAUAUGGUACACCUAAUCUUGAUUAUCAGUUGACUAUUAAUGGUUAUAUAUUUGAUUUAUUUAAAAGUUAUUCACAGCAAGAAAUGUGUUUAAUUGAAAAAAUAAGCAGUUAUUUUAACUCUUCUAUUAAUAGUAUGUAUUUUCAGAUUAAUAAAAACAAACUUUUUGAUUACACUUGGAGUUUUUGUAAAAAAAGUACAAACUCGUGCGAUUGUUCUGAAAUUGAACGUACUCAACAGUUGAUUGAAAAUGAUAGUUUUUCUGAAGCUCUCAGACCUUGUGUGCUGGUAAAUAACAAAGCUUAUACAUUAUAUGGUCAAUGUAAAGCAACCCUGGGUCCAAAGGUAAAUAAUAAGAUUUCAGAAAUUUUAAUAAUUCCUGGAAACUUAUACAAUGUCAAUUUGCCAAUUCGUCAAUUUAUUGGCACUGAAGAUGGUGGGAAUUUAUCAUUGUAUCUUGUUAAAAAUGGAAAUUUUGAUUGGAUGCAACUUUAUGGCAAUUCCAUUUGUGGGUUAUUGGGAUAUGAAGACUAUAUACAACUUGGUUACAAAAAAGAAUCAACUCAAUUUUAUUCAGUUGCAGCUAAAGAUUCCUGUGGAAAAGUAGCAUAUGAUCAGUUUAGAGUAAAAUUUAUUGAGAAUUUUUCAAUAAUUAAUUAUCGAAUUUAUAUUUUAUUAGAAAAUUCAUAUAAAAAUUUUAUGACAAAUUGCAUAUAUCUUGGUGGAUUAAUACAAUUGCUUGCUGAUACUGCAGGUGUUUCUAAAGAUGAUAUUGUAUUAUAUAAUCUUCUAGAAAGCAAUAAUACAGUCAAUGGGACUAUGAUUGAAUUUUUUUCAAAAACUUAUACCAAUUGUGACAGCUUGGAGUUUGUUACAUAUGUAGAGAAAUACUAUAAAGAUGGAAAAGGAAAUGAGGUUUUUAUCCGGUCUUUAGAAAAAUCUGGUUACAAAGUUAAUGUUGUUAACCUUCUAUUUAGUUUUCCUUGCUCACACCCUGAUCCACCUCGAUCCUGGUUUUGGUUGAUAGUUAUAAUAGUUGUUGUGUUUUUACUACUGCUGCUCUGGCUACUGUGGUUUUUUAUUCCACGAUGUUGCCCUAGUUGUUGCUCAAGAUUUUGUUCUUGUUGUGAUCCUUGUUGCAAAAAGGGUGGCAAGUUUGCUUCUCUAUCUGCAGAAGGAAAAACAUGUUGGGGUGCUUGUUGUGGUGGUAGUUUUCAGAGCAGAAAGUCGAGUUUUAAUUCAGUAACAAAAAUACCAGUAUUUUCAAAUGUAUCUCCAUCCAUUAGUAGAAAAAGUAGCGAUACAUCUGAAUAUCGUAUUAAAGUUCAGCCACCAGAUGAAACUGAUUGGGCAAAGCUAAGACCAAAGUCAAAUCCUAUUGUAGAUAAAUUUACUCAAACUAGUGAGCAUUCAACGCCCUCUAAUAAUACUUUAAAUCUCAUUAAACCACCUCUGCCACUAUUAUCACCAUCUUCACCAUUGAGUUUUGUGCAAACUAGGUCUUGGCAUGAUGAUAGAAAAAAUAUAUACAAACAUAAAAAAAUAUAUCUUGAUGAUAUCGAUGGUCAAAAUGAUAGGAAAAAUAAAUACAAACAUAAAAAUAUUUAUCUAGAUGAUAUUGAUGGUCAAGAUGAAAGAAACAAAUACAAACAUAUAAAUAUGUAUCAUAAUAUUGGUGAUCGCAAUGACAACGUGAAUAAUUAUCAACGUCAUUUAAAAAAUGGAAACUUAAAUGAAGAUUAUUUAAAUCGUGAUCAAAGUUAUAUUGAUAGUGCAAGAAAAAACUCGUUUUAUUUAGACAGGAAUCGUGAUUACCAUGAUUAUAAUGAUGAACCACCAGGAUAUAUGUUGUCAGUACCUUCAAAACAUGAGGUUGUUCAUUACAAAGAAACUAGAAAACCUGAUUAUUAUGAUCCAGAGGUACAUCAGCUAGGUCGUUAUAAUAGUGGGCGUAUAAGAAGGCGCUCUUCAUUUAAGCACCCAAUAACCGUUAAAGUCCGACGUUCCGAGCUAAAGAAAUACUUAGGAUCAAGUGAUACCAAUAAAAUAAAACUACAACCUGGUGAUAUACGGCGGUUGCUGCGUGGUAAUGCAAAAGUCAAAUUGUUAGGCGAAAGAGAUUACAACGAGUUCCCCGAUAAAACAUAUCGCAAAUUAUCUGUUGAAAAAAAGUUAAGCCAUGGUAGUCGAAACCGCAGUUAUAGUACGACUUCUUUAUCUGAUGAACUUUACUCGAGAAAAUCUAUUCAGAACUUACCAAAUAGCUCAAGUAGCUCUUAUGAGUUCUAUGAUCGUCGCCGGAGUUAUAGUGAUUCUUCUGCUGAUAGUUAUAAAUUAGAACGACGAAGGGGCGCAUCAAUUAGUCCAAGAAAGAUUUUUUUAACAUUAGAUGAAAAAACUUCACCUCGUAUUAAUGAGCGCAAUUCAAGUUUAACAUUGAGAAAAGACUCAUUUACACGAAAACGAUCUCAACAGCCAAACAAUUAUGUAUACAAAGAUCAGUCUUUUAGGAACAAAAAAAGAGAUUCAACUGAAAUGGUUUCGUUAUCAAACAGAUUUCACGUAAAUAAAAAUUAUCUUGAAGAUAGUUAUAUAUAACUUGUUUGAUUUUUGUAUUCUAUAAUACAUUAAUGAAAUGAUUUGAUUAUAUAGCUGAUUAGAUUAAAAUAAAAAGUCAGCAUUCUCACAGAUUAUAUUUUUUAUAUAAUAUAAAGUUAAUGAUGUUUUUUGAAAUGCUGUUAGUCUAAAACACGUCACGAGUAGUAACAGUAUUAAUUUAAGCUUGACUCAUUUUUGGAAGUAGUUCAGAUAUGAAGUUUAAUUCAUUAUGUUAACAUUUGUAAUAAAUGUUUUUAUUUA